AAGCGGAUCGAGGUUAAUAAGCUCGUCGAUUUAUUAAAGUCAAUCUCUCCUAUUUCAGGGUACGGAAGCAGCUUAUCCAAAUCAGCAUUGGACACGCACACCCACCUCAGGCAGCCUGAUCCCUAUCAAAUGUUCGGAGCGACGAGCAGUCGGCUCGCGAGCUCCGGUUCCGGUCAGAUUCAGCUGUGGCAAUUUUUACUCGAGCUACUGUCGGAUUCGAGCAACGCCGCGUGCAUUACGUGGGAAGGAACCAACGGGGAAUUCAAGUUGACUGACCCCGACGAGGUGGCGAGACGUUGGGGCGAAAGGAAGUCCAAGCCUAAUAUGAAUUAUGACAAAUUGUCGAGGGCUUUAAGGUAUUACUACGACAAGAACAUCAUGACGAAGGUCCACGGGAAGAGGUACGCGUACAAGUUCGACUUCCAAGGUCUGGCGGCAGCGACGCAGCCCGCCGCCGCGGAUCCGGCCGUCAGUCUCUUGGUUGUCAGCGGUUGGCGAAUUGGUUGGGUUGCCAUGGAGAACGCCGGGUAUUCCCUGGAUUCGGGCCCGCCCCAACGGGAAACCCCCAUUCGGGAAAUUCGUGGCGUCGCCGAAGCUGUCGCGGUGCCGGAGGUUUAG